GCGGAAUGUGCAUGACGUGAUUACCGUGAUUACGCAGUUAAAUGCUGAUGAUGCAUGAUUAAAAAUGAUUCGGAUAGCUGCCUUGAAUGACAGCAGCAGUGAGGUUGAUGGAGAUGAUUUCAGGGCCAAGACUGUUGGAACAAGGGAAGCUGAGGAAUCGGAAGCAUAUACAUUGUAUAACAAGGCUCUUGGACUACAGCGACAAGAUAUUCAAAAGGCUGAAGAGGCAUUUGAACAGCUUCUCAGUCAUGGAUUUAUCAGAGAGGCAGCCAAACUUGUUGAGACAGAGACAGUGGGAAUCGUUCACCCAGGAUUGCAGCUCCUGUACUCUAUAUACAAAAACCUGGCUACAAUGUCCUUACAAAAGGGAGAUCACGAAGAGGCCAUGGAGUGGUACAUAGAGGCUGUGAAAGUGGAUGAAUCUGAGACCACAGUUUGGUAUAAGAUAGGAACUAUAGCCCUGAAACUACACAAUUACCAACUUGCUAGACUGGGGUUUGAACAGGGCCUACAGUGUAAUCCCAACCACUGGCCAUGCCUGGACAACAUCAUCACUGUUCUGUACACCAUCAAUGAUUACUGGUAUUGCCUGUACUACAUAUCUAAAGCUCUGAAGAAGGAUUACCUGUACCUGAAAGGAAUUGUUUUCAGGAAUCAGAUAUUCAAGGAACAACCAUCUCUGAGAGAUUAUACAAAAGAAAUGUUCAAAGACUGUAAUCCACUAAUUAAUACAGAGAAAGUUGACCAAGAAGAUAUAGACGAGUUUAUAAAUGAAGCUAUGACAAUGAGACAGAAACGAAAAGAACUAGCCAGAACCCCACCAAUGAAACCUAAUAAGCUUCCAGUCCCUAUUAAAUCAUACACAUGGAUUGAUGUUGGUGAAAGUUUAAUUGCUUUAUACAAUACUAUAAAGAAAUCCAACCCACCCAUGAGUAUGGGUAUACGUGUGGAUCUAAGUGAUUAUGCUGAAGACCAGGAUAAAAAAACUGAAAUCCAAAUGAAAGAGAAACAGAAUCAACAAGGAGACACCUCAUCUUCCUCUGAGGUGCCACCACAACUGACACCACAACAACCACCUGAAGAGAACGCACCACCACAAUCAUCAGAAAAUAAAGAGGAAGUAUCAAAGUCCAUGGAGGACAAUGUAGAAAUUGUGCCCUCUGAAACAAUGGAGGUUGACGAAACUCCAUCGAUUAAGUCGGAAACAAUCGUGACCUCUUUGAGUAACACUGCUAUAACAGAUGCUGUUAUCAUCUCUAGUACUGUCACCAUUCCCACUUCUAGUGAAAUAACUGUAGUGACUUCUGUGUCCUCUUGUGAAAAUGUGAUUUACAGUAGAAGUACUGUGGGUCAAGAGUCGACCCCUCCCUGCUCCUCCGCUCUGGUUACUGAGGACCCAGGGGUCCUCCUGUCACCUCCAACCAGCGCUCCUUCCACUCCAGAUGUGUUCAAUUCCUGUACGCCUCUGUCCUCCAUUCCCAUAUCAGUGACUUCUGCAUUACAAGACAAUCCGGGGUCAGAAACGAGUGACACAGAGGGCAAGAACAAAGGACAGAAGAGGAAGCGGUCAUCCAACUUUGAUAGCCCAUUUUAUGAGAAGAGGCGGUCAGCUAGGGUGAGAAACACUUUCACAAGAAGAGAAGAGGAGCGAGUCAACUUUAGAGAAAUUUUAGAGACUUUCAUACCUUCCACUCUUCGACCAGGAGCUGAUGAAGAAGAAAUGGAUACUCUGGAUCAUGUAUCGGAGAAUGAAGAGUCUGUCUUCUCCAAAAUUAACACAAAAGAAAAUAGUACUGCCUCAAAAGCAAAGUCCUUGUCAGAAACAGAAGCCAGUGAUGUGCGAGAGUUCCUUCAGAGGGAACAGAAGAAUGGUGGUGUGUUGAUGCUGAUGCUACAUUUCAUGGAGUCCCUGUGUGACCGGACCGAGCUGUCCUGGCCCCAGGAGCUGGCCUCCGUGUACGUCAAAGUGUACACAAGGUGGAGGAAACACGUGGACCUGCCUUGUCUUCUCAGCAAAGAUGAACCAGAGGAAGAUAUUCGAUCAUUUGGAAAGAUGCUGUUGUUGAGGCUAGAGUUACAGUUUGAUCAAUGGCUGACUAAACACCUCAAAAGUGGGGCAUCUCCCAAAGGGAAGAGUCCCGGUUCAGCGGUGCCGUCAGAGAUGCCUGGGUCCUGGGAGGAGGACAUGGACUAUGUGUUUGGGUUACAGGGACAGUCCCAGGUCCUGGGCUCACUAUGGCUACAGCACUGUGUCCGGGCUUUCUGGCUGCAGGCUAGGCUGUGUCUUCUACAAGGAGAGAUUCAAUAUGCUUCAUGCAGUUUCCACAAGGCAAAAGAGUUUUUGAAGUGGAGGAUUGAAGAUGAAAACGUCCAUGAGAUUCUUCUCAAGAACUGUCAGAGUGACAACUGGAUUACAAUUGAGAGCAUAGAAAGACAUCAGAAUUCUCUAGAGAGGAGCCAGUGCAUGGAUGAAAUGCAGAAGUUGUAUGAUGCCAAAGAAUAUGAUCAGGUGGUCGAGCUCCUCCUGAAAGCUGUCACUCAGCCAAGUCAGAAACCUAUGAGGAAAGAAUCAGAUUCCAUUGUACCGACAAGAAUUGAACAGCUGUGUUUGUUGCACAAUUGUUUGGUUAAAAUGGGAGAUGUGAAGAGGUCCAUGCAUUGGGGUGAAAUAGCAUUCCAUGAGGCCUUCCAGGGGUACAAGAAAGCUACCACUAGCCCUCACAAGGACGAAUGGUCAAAUGUUCUGAAUCAGAUUUGGUCAUUACUUCUGAUGAACUUGGAGAAGCCAGAAAGUUUAAAAGAUCUGAGUGGACCCAGAAAGAUGCGUUUGACCUCUGACCUGAUGGCAGUGAUUGACAUCAUGAUGUCUGUACCAGAGAAGGCCACUGACAUGCCGAUCGGAAGUGUGCUGCCGUGGAUGAUUCUCUACUCUGUCAUCCAAUGUGAAGAAAAAGAAUUCUUUGAUCUGCAAAAGGAGCAAGAGUUAUCAGCCCAGAACAUCAGUGACAGCAUGCCUUCAUCCUUAAUGCUGCUCAAUGUAUCCCAUGACUACUUAGGAAGCCAUUCAUGGUGCACCAAGUCCGACGGAAAGUUCCUGAUAUUUUUCAUGGAUGUCCUCCAGCAGAAGAUGACGGAGCCAUUGAAGUACACAGAUGACCUGAGACAGAUGUAUGAGCAGUGUGUGUACUGUCUCUAUGGACACCCCAAUAAGAAGGGCAGGGCCAAACACCUGGCUGACCAUAACUGUCCACCAAUCUCUCUCACCCUGCAGCAGGCCAUUAAGAUGUUCGAGUACUUUAAGCCCAAAAAUUUACCAGAGUUUGACAGCUUUAAGACUGACACAGUUUCUGCUGAGCUUGAGUCUUUGUUAAGGAGAAUUAUACAACUCAUACCUGAGAAAGAAAAACCAGCCAGCAGACUUGACAAAGUUCAGGAUUACAUUGAUGGCAAUAGCAAUGUUGUUCCAUCCACAGAGAAGGGGCUGGAGUUCUUAUCAAUAACACAGGAAAUUUACUACUUACUGGCUGAUUAUUACUUCAAGAACAAUGAGCACCCGAAAGCCAUCAAGUUCUACAUGUAUGAUAUAUGUGUAAACCCACUACGACUUGACUCUUGGGCAGGCUUGGCUCUGGCAAGGAUGUAUCAACUGGAGCAGAAACUCAACUCUACUGACUUAAAGUUGGAUGUGUCACUCCAGAAGCGUUCUCGUGCCGCCCUUCGCUGUUUUGAGAGAUCUGUGGAUAUAGAGGAUGCGUACGGCAAACUGUGGAUGGAGUACGGAUCACUGUCCUACCAACUCCACACCCACUCCUCCAGGCAACUCCACUUCCACGAGGAGAAGAAGCAGGAGUGUGAUGAGGACUACCUCCCUACAGAGCUGAGGCAGGUGGCGGUGGGCUUCAGGCUGGAGAUGUUGGAGCUGGCCUACAUGUGUUACAAGAGUGCCUCGCAGUGUGUGGACGAAGAGAGCGAGGAGUGGCUCACCGACUACAUGAUGGGCAAGUGUCUGGAGAAGAUGCAUAAGGCACCCAAGGAAUAUCUCAACUUUUAUAGACAGGCUUUGGCCGCUCUACAUGAGGAGAAUGCCACUUAUCCGAAGAAGAUUACUUAUGCAUACACAGCUCACACUUCACCAAGGCUGGCAGUGGAGGCUCUUGAGAUGUUUUAUCGCCUCCAUGUUUCCAUCUUGAAGCUGUUGUUAAAGGGAGGUCACUCAGAAGAGUACCAUGACUAUGCUGAGUACAUAGAACAAGCAGCCAAUUCUCCGUUUGCCAAGGGAUGUGAGAAAAAAGACGAGGAGUCUGGGAAUGUGUCUAUAGACCAUAGUGAUCCAAAAUCUGAUAAAACUACAACCAACCAACAAGACCACACCUACUCCAAGGUCAAUGAAAUCACAAACAUGAUGGAAAAUGUCACAGAUAAUCCAGCUAACGCCGACUCUGCCGACAGCCUGGACGAAAAGAUGGAGGACUCUGCAAACAGCCGAGACAGUAGCAUGUAUUUCCCCAGCGCUGAGCAGUCAGAAUCUUCACAGGACGCUAUAGAAACCAUGGAAACAGAUGACAGUUUAUUUUCAUCCAAUCUAAUUAAGCCUUUAUCUGAGACUCCAAAAAUGCUGGAAUUGGCAGCUGAGGAACUGGAACCAGAGAGCAAGUCUACUGAUGCUUUAUCCAAGCAGAAAUCUUAUGGUUUUAUACCUUCAGGGGACCACAGUUGUGCGGAACCUGAGUUAAAAAAAGAUGCAGAAGUAAUUGAAAUAUUUUCAUCUCCAGAACCUUUUGAUCCUAAAUCACAACCUAAGUUUUUCGUACCAGAUACUACACAUAAGGGAGAUUCCAAAGACUCUGAUGUUGCAAGGCUGGAAGUUCCAUCUUCAUGCACUGAACAGAUUAUAGGAUUGGAACCUACUGUGAAAAAUACAAAUGAAGCUUUGUUGAAAGAUAAAACAGAGAAUGAUGGUGUAUUGCAGAAGACGAUUGUCAGUAAAACACCAGACAAUCCAGAGGUCACAAAUGUGGCUGAAGAAUCAAGUGGUAACAUACAGAUAUCCAAACCUGACCCUGUGUCAGAUGUGAAAGAUAAUGAAAACAAGCAACUGACUGCAAUAUCCAAAAGUACAGAAAUAACAGAAAAAUUCCAGGAAAGUUCUAGUCCUGUCAAUAUUAAGCUAGGUCAUGCUGAAAAAGAACUACCAAAAUCAGCACAUACCAUUCCCAAUAAUCAAACCACAGAGCUAGGGAAUAAUGAAGAGCCCUGCAAUAAUUCAAAUGCUGAUGGAAGUGUUAAAAAAGAGCCCACAGUUAAUAACCCAGCAGUUACACACACAGGAGGGGGAGGGGAUGCAGACACAGCAAAAACUCAGGAGGGAGGUGGACAGAACUGUCAACCCAGCAAGCCAGUUCAGACUGAGAACAAACCUAAACUGGAAGGGGCAGCUCUCCGUAAGGACCUGAUAGAGAAGUGUAUGGCGGCACUACACCUGUGCCUGUCCCGGUUUCCCACCCACUACAAGUCCACCUACAGACUGGCCUAUGUGUACUUCUACUCGCCUUACCAUAAGAAUUUGCAGUAUGCAAGAGAUCUCCUGUUGGGAAAUCCUCAGUGGCAGUCACUUAGCUACAUGCCAGCACAGGGCCUGUUUAGUGAGAGAAAGUCAGCCAACUUCUUCCAGGGAACAUGGAGGCUGCCUAUAAGUGAGGUGGAGAGGGCAGGAAGCUUUGCUACUCAUCUGAAUAGAGCUGUUCUCCUUCUUCUGAAAAUUUUGUCGGAACAAAAGGAUGUUCCAAUGUUACACCAUCUGCAUCUACAGCUGAAUAAGACCCCUGAUGCUGAAAAGAAAUAUUUAAGAGAUGCUGAACGACUGCAUUAUUCCCGACUGGCAUUAGACUACUGUCUAAGCGCCAUAAAGAACCGACUACCAGACAUCCGAGAAAUGCAAGACAGAGAAAAGGCCAUCAAACUGUUGAUGGAGACAUACAAGAGUUACAACUACUGUAUUUCUAAAAUGAAGUCAACAGUAGGACCACGUGUCAGUAACCUAUUGGCGGCCACAUUCAAAGCUGUCAUGAAGGAAGAGGUAUUAUCUGACAAACCGUUGCUUGAUCAAGCUCUCAAGUUCUGUCAGCUUUACCACCAACAGAAUGCUCCACAAAGACAGGGUGCUGUCCGGUCUAGUGCAGACACCAGCCAAUCAGAUUCCUCCUUCUUCUCUCCUGACCGCUCACUGAGCAAUCUCUUUAGACCCUCGGGAGUACCCCAGUCACCAGUGAAAGUACCCCAGUCACCAGUGAAACUACCACAGAGCAUUUCAUUGACCAGCCUUCAGGGAAAAUCUCCGCAGUCUCCUCUCCCCUCAUUACAAGCAUCACCUACUAAAUCACAGCUACCUCAGUCACCAGUCAAGUUGCCUCAGGUUGCCUCCACAUUGGUACCAAAACUUCAAAAGCCUGUUGUGCAGUUGACAAAGUUAUCUAUGGUGCACAGGAAUAUCACAGAAUUAAGUGAAAAGCCUGCACAGAAGGAGGAUUCUCAAGCAUUAAAAAGCUUAACUGGUGAGCAAAGCAAAUCCAGUACUGGGGCAUUGAAUGUGAAAGAAACAACCCCUGGAAUAUCUGCCAUUUCAUUUAUCUCCUCCUUGAUUGAGGAGGGCAUAAAUAAAACCAAAAAACCAAAGAUGGAGUUGCCUGCCAGAAGUGAGAGUGUUGUUGAUGAACCAGCGAUUCCACUGGUUAGUCCUGUCACUCCCACUUUUCCGGACAAUCUCUCUUGUUCUGGACUCAGUCCUGGCUUAUCAAAAUCUACGCCUCCAAAGCCAAGCCUAGAGAUAUCAGCGAAUUCUUCUCCAGUAUCAAGUGAGGGUGUUUUGAAGCCUUCCUCCUCACUGCCAAGCCAAGGGUUAUCAAAGCAAUCUCCCGAAGGGUCUUUGCCACCAGUACCUAACCCACAUGUGUUUAAGACCUCUCCCCCAGGGUUAGGCAUGAGGGAAUCGAAGCUCUCUCCUAAAGAGUCUAUCCCUAGAACAUUGAUGUCAACUUCUGUCCCUUCUCUAGUAGUGUCGAAACCUUCUACCCAAAGGUCUAGUCAAGGAUCAUCCAAGCCAUCUCUUCAUUUGAGUCAUCCAAAGAAAAGGCCAUAUGUGGUGGAGGAGGUAAUUGAAAUUCUGUCAUCUGAUGAUGAAUCUGAAGCAAUGGAUGUUACACCUUUAUCCAAGCCAUCUGUUGCAACUAAACAAGAAAAUCAGCAACAAACAUCAAAGGACAAUGCUAGAAUAACUGAAAAUCCAAAAGAUCAGGGAAGUAGUGCUUUAAUUACGUCUAAUGUUAAGACAGAAAAAAGUGCAAGUGUAGCAAAUUUGAAUACUGGGAGUAAUGAAAAUGAUUCAAAGACGGAUCCACAGAAAGAAUCUGGAAAGGAUGACUUGACUGAUAGCAAGGACUUGCCAUUACUGGACCCAUCAACAGGUUUAUUUGUGACAGACUCAGACAGCCAGAGCAGUGUCUAUGUAGCUAACCCAGAAAAUAUCUCAUUUGAAGAUGAACUAAUGGUGGAAGAUGACUGAAUUAUAAAUAAAAUGGAGAGAGAGAGAGAGAGAGAGAGAGAGAGAGAGAGAGAGAGAUCAUCUACAUGAUUUAUAUCUUUUAAAAAAAUUAUGGAAAGAUGUGAACAUCAGUGAUAAUUCAAAUUGCAAAGAAAUAAAGUAGUUAUCAAAGAUUGUUUAGAUUUAUUCAUUUACCAGUAGUUGGGAGUACUAAUAAGAAUUGGCAUAAAAGAAAGGUAACAGGUUAUUCACACCUUGGAAAUUUUACACACAGAAAUAUUUUUGAUCAACAUCAUUUCCUCUAUUUGAAUGAAUCCAUUAAAUUGUGGUAGUCUACAUUUGAAUAGCAAAUUUAGAUGUAUUUUGAUAUCUUGAAAUCACCCUUACCAGAUGGUAGAAUUUUAUGUUUCUUACAUAAGGAAAGGAAUAUCCCUUUGUUCUUAAUACCGUGUGGUGAACAUUAGUUUUGAUGUGUGCGAGAGGACCGGUUUGAAAUAUUUCAAUUUUAAAAGGGUGCGAGGAAAGUGAUCAGCUGUGACUUACAAUACGCGGGUAGGGGUGGAAGUCAAAAUGUACAACUCAGUAUGGAAAUUACGCUGAGAUAAAUGAGAUAUGCAGACACCCUACUCAUUUCCGGGGCUGAAAAUGGGGAUAAAAAAAAAAAUU